UUAACGCCGAGCGCGGCUGCGCCGCGCGGGGGUGUCGGGUCAAGAUGUCAACCCCCACAACCCGCGGUUGGCGCCGCCGCCGACGCCGCCCACCGCCGCCCGCGUGCGCCCACCGCCACCUGUCGCCGCCCUAAAAAGACUCCUCCGUUAUAAUCCCCCCUCACCGUCCCUUCCCCCAACCUCCGCCCCACACCACCACCACCGCCUCCGCCUCCGCCUCCGCCUCCUCCUCACCACCGUUGCGAUGGCUUCUUCUUCCCCCACCAACGCCGCGGCCGCCGCCCGCCGCGUGCCGCCGCCGUGCUGGACCCCCGACGAGACCCUCGCGCUCGCCCGCGCCUACACCGCGCGACGCCUCGCGGUGGGACGGGCGCACCUGACCUCCGCCGACUGGGCGGCCGUCGCCGACGCGGCCACCCCGACCAAGACCGCGCGCCAGUGCCGCCACAAGGUCGAGAAGCUCCGCCGCCGCCUCCGAUCUAAGCGCCGCCGCCCCUGCCCGCUCCUCGACGCGAUCGAUCUCCUCGACGGGCCUUCCCCUUCCGCGUCCCCGUCGCAAUCCCCCUCCCCGCCGCCGCCAGCCUCGCCGCCGCCUCUUCCUCCCGCUCCCUCCUCCCCGCCUCCCAAGAAGAGGAGGCUGCCUGAUGGCGAUGCCGAUGCCGAUGCGGAGGAUGACGGGGAGAGCGACGUGGUGAAGGCGCUGAGGGCGAUCGGGGAGGGUUUCCUGCGGGCGGAGCAGAGGCGGAUGGAGGCGGCGAGGAAGACGCAGCAGAUGCGCAUGGAGAUGGCACUCCGGCACCUCGAUUCGCAGCGGAGGCUCAUGGAAGCGCUCGUCGACCGCAUCAUUGACUCCCUAGAGUAAAUCUCGGUGGCGCAAAGGUGUCUCCUGUCAAGGUUUUCUUGCUUGUCCUGAUUGCCCACUGGCUUGGCUUGCGAGUUUAGGAGUUAAUUAGAGUUGUUCAUAUGUACUGUGAUGGAUGUCUGAUGUAGGCGUAGCUUGGAAAUCGUAGUAACCUUUCUAUCUAUCUUGUAUGGCGUAUGGAAAAUAAUAACUUAGCCUGUUCUGUGUUUAUUGUUUUGUCUCAAGCUUUAAUUUGUUCAA